AUGGCAGCAGUGAAGGAGUACGACUACCUCGUUAUUGGCGGCGGUUCUGGGGGAAUAGCAUCGGCUCGUCGUGCUCGAGAAUUCGGAGUCUCAGUUGGGCUCAUCGAAAGUAGUCGGCUUGGGGGGACGUGUGUAAACGUUGGUUGUGUACCGAAAAAGGUGAUGUACAAUUGCUCUAUGCACGCGGAAUUUUUACGUGAUCAUGCUGACUAUGGGUUCGACGUCACUUUGAACAACUUCGAUUGGAGUGUUAUAAAGGAGUCGCGUGACGCUUAUAUUCGGCGUCUUAACGGUAUUUACGAAAAUAAUUUGAAUGGAUCUAAGGUGGAGCUUAUUCGAGGUUUCGGAACGUUCACCGAUGACGGAAGCAUAGAAGUUAAUGGCCAAAAGUACAAGGGAAAGUUCACUCUUAUCGCAGUAGGAGGCUAUCCGACUAUUCCGAAUAUUCCCGGUGCCGAGUUUGGCACAGACAGUGAUGGAUUUUUUGAGCUGACCAAGCUUCCGAAAAAAACUGUAGUGGUCGGAGCUGGUUACAUAGCUGUAGAGCUUGCUGGAGUUCUGGCUAAUUUAGGAUCGGAUACUCAUCUUCUUAUCAGAUAUGAUAAGGUACUGCGCACAUUUGAUGAAACUCUCAGCACCUCUUUAACAGAAGCAAUGGAUAAUGGCCCUGUAAAUAUUCAUAAAAAUACUCAGGUAAAAAGCGUUGAGAAACGCUCUGAUGGGCUUCUGACCAUUCAUACGAAUACCGGUGUUAUUGACGAAGUGGAAACAUUAAUAUGGGCCAUUGGAAGAACCCCGUGCACUAAGAAAUUGAAUCUUCAUAAGGUCGGUGUAAAAACUGACUCGAAAGGUCAUAUAAUUGUUGACAAAUUCCAAAACACCACCAAUCCAUCCAUUAUGUGCGUUGGAGAUGCCGCCGGAAAGUUUCUCCUUACUCCAGUAGCCAUAGCUGCUGGCCGCCGCCUUUCUCAUCGCUUAUUCAAUAACGAGUCAUCGAACUACCUCCCUUAUGAGAAUAUCGCUACCGUUGUCUUCAGCCAUCCACUAGUUGGUACUGUUGGGCUCACUGAAGCCGAAGCGGUUGAAAAAUAUGGAAAAGAUCAAGUCAUGUUAUAUAAGUCGAAAUUCAAUCCAAUGUAUCAUGCCGUGACGAAGCAUAAGGAGCCAUGCGUAAUGAAGCUUGUUUGUGCGGGUCCUGAAGAGAAGGUUGUUGGCGUCCACGUGCUGGGAGGUGGCGCUGAUGAGAUGCUCCAAGGAUUCGCUGUAGCGGUGAACAUGGGUGCUACGAAAGCGCAGUUUGACGCGUGCGUGGCUAUCCAUCCCACGAGUUCCGAGGAACUAGUCACAAUGCGGGGAGGUGUUCGGCCGCAAUAG